UUUUUAUUUUUCCCAAAUGAUUUAUCCAUGUCAUCUUGCAUAAACUUUCAUAAAAUGUCACUUAGAAAAUUUUAUUAAUACUUUUACACUGAUUUUAUUUAUAUAAGUCCAAUUAUUUUGUUAUGAAAAUAAAAAAAAAUCUAUCAAAAUUACAAUUUAAAUCUGCAUUUAAUCACUUCUUCCACUGAAAAUAAUUUUUUGUAACAAAACACAACAGGUCAAAUUGAUAAAAAACGUUUUACAUUAAAAUGCAUCAAAAUAAAUAAUAAAAAUCCUUUGAUAUUAAUAAUAAAAAAUAAAAAAAUUAUCAAGUACAAAUAAUAGCAAAAAAAUUUCAUAAAUAUAAUGAAUAAUCAACAAUUGGAAUGUUUAAUAAAAUGGCUAGACACAUUUGAUCUUGAUGUGGGACAUUCAACACCAAAAGAAAUAAGUGAUGGUGUUGCUUUGGCAUGUGUACUUGGUGAAAUAGCACCAGAAUGGUUUACAUCAGUCUGGAAAUCAAAAAUAAAAACAGAUGUUGGUACAAAUUGGCGUUUACGUGUUAGUAAUUUAAAGAAAAUAAUUGAAGCUGUUAUUGAAUAUUAUUCAGAAUGUUUAAAUCAACCAUUAUCUGGUUAUAUAAAACCAGAUGCAACAAAAAUUGGUGAAAAUUGUGAUAACAAUGAGCUUAGACGUCUUGUACAACUUGUGCUUGGUUGUGCUGUUAAUUGUACAAAUAAACAACAAUAUAUUACAAAAAUAAUGGGAAUGGAAGAAACAGUACAACAAGCAAUAAUGCAAAGUAUACAAGAGCUAGAAGGUAGUAUGCAUGGACCAAAAUUAAGUCUAUGUGGUAGUUUAAAUUUUGAAUCAAUUGAUAUACCAGAUAGCUCACAACAAAGAUUAAUUGCUGAAUUACAAGUAGCUGUUGAUUUGAAGGAUCAAUUGGGACAAAGAUGUCAUGAGCUUGAUCAACAGCUAUCAUUAUUACAAGAAGAACGUGCUGCUCUUAUUAUUGAAAAUAAAAAAUUACAAGAUAAAUUAGAAGAAUUUGAUAAUCCAGAUAAUUCAGUAUCAAGUUUAAAAUAUUCUGGUUUACGUAAACAAAUUGAUACAUUAAAAGAUGAUAUAUAUAAAAUUGAAAUGUCAAGAGAUGAUUAUAGAUUAAAAGUUGAUUUAUUAGAAAAAGAAGUAUUUGAAUUACAAUCAAAACAAGAUGAGCUACAAAAAAUUGUUGAUGAAACAAAUAAUUUAAAAGAUGAAAUUGAUGCAUUACGUGAAACAGCUGAUAAAGCAACAAAAUAUGAACUAACAAUUGAAUCAUAUAAAAAAAAAAUGGAAGAUUUAAGUGAUUUAAAAAGACAAGUUAAAUUACUUGAAGAUAAAAAUUUUGAAUAUAUGCAAUCAAAAAUUGAAUAUGAAGAAGAAAUUAAAAAAUCAAUUGUUGUUAAAAAUCAUCUUGAAUUAUGUAAACAACAACUUGCUGAAGCACAAUAUAAACUUGAUGAACAAACAAAUAAAUGUGAUAAACUUGAAUUUGAAGCUAAAAAACUUGAAGCUAAAAUGUCAUCAGUACAAAGUGAAAAAGAAAGAUUAAUUAUUGAAAGAGAUGCAUUAAGAGAAACAAAUGAAGAAUUAAAAUGUACACAAUUACAAAUUGCUGAAAAUUCAUCAACACCAACAAUGAUACAUGCUGUAUCAAAUGCUGAAUUAAUACCACCAGAAAUUAAAGAAAAAUUAUUACGUCUUGAGCAUGAAAAUAAAAUAUUAAAGCUAGAACAAUCUGGUAAUGCUGAAAAAUUACCAACAGUACAAGCAUUACUUGAUGAUUCAGAAGAACGUUUAAAUACAUUAAGAGCACAAAAUCGUAAAUCAAAUCAACGUAUUAUUGAACUUGAAAAUAAAUUAGAAGAUAUUACAGAACAAAAAAAUUAUGAUGAUAAUAAAAUUGAUAAUAUAACAUUACAAAAUCAAAUAUUACAAUUAAAAAAUGAAAUUAAAUUAUUUGACAGUGAAAGAGAACGUUUUACAAUACAAAUUGAUGAAAAAGAAUCAUCAUUAUUAAUGCUCAAACAAAAAACAACUGUAUUACAAGAUAGCUUAACAAGAAAAGAAUAUGAAUAUGCAACACUUGAAGAUCGUUAUAAAAGAUAUAUUGAAAAAGCAAAAAGUGUUAUUAAAAGUUUAGAUCCAAAACAAACUAAUUCACCAUGUGAAAUUAUUGUAUUGAAAAAUCAAAUUUCAGAAAAUCGAAAAAUUAAUGAAGAUCUUGAAAAAACAAUGAGAGAAACAAAAAUAUUACGUGAAAUGGAAGAAAAAUUAAUGAUAUCAGCAUUUUAUAAUUUAGGAUUUUCAUGUCAUCGUGAUGUUGUUGAUCAACGUCUUGCUGCUAUUGGUUCUGGUCAGGGUAAUUCAUUUUUAUCAAGACAAAGACAACCAUCAGCAAGACGAACAAUUCAUCCAACAUAUAAUUCAAAGUAAAAAAUUAUAUUACCUUCAAAAAAUAAAAUAAUAUAUUUAUAAAAAAAUUAAACAAAUCUUGCCUUUGUUAUGUAUGUAAAUAAUUAAAAAAAAAAAAUUUAUUAUACAAUUCAAUUGAUAAGACGAUAUUUAAAUAUAUAUCAAGCACAAAUGAACAAAUUUUUUCGAGUCAAAAUAUGGCAAUAUUAAAUAAUAAAAAAAACUUUAUAUUAUAUAUCUAAGAUGACUAUAGAAAAAAAAAAAAUACAAGAUUUUUUUUUUUCCUUAAAUUGAAAUAGUAUUUUUAAUAAAUAAAUAAUUACUGUUAAUAAAAAAUCAUAUAAAAAAAUAAAAUUUUAAAGAACAAACAAAA